GACGGCAGGACGCGUAAACUUUUUCUUAAACUCAAAUGCGAGGGAGCAAAGCUAUCUAGCUCGUCAUUUGGACACUUUAGUAUUUUGUAAAGUGAAAUUAAAGGAUUUCGUGUAUACUAUGGGUGAAUUUGUGAAAAUUUCGAGUAAAAACCCUAAUCAUCUGAUCAUUGACAACAGCAUGAUCAAACCCUCACUUCAUUGGUCAAUACUCUGAAUGACUUUUCUUUUCCUCGUUGAAUGAAUUACACGCUAAAUUACCCGCCUACUCAUUCGUCCGCACGUCACAUGCGCUUGAUGAGAUCGCUCCCUAUAUAAAUUGAAAACGGUGGCAUGAAAACGAACAAGUCAAUAGGAAAUCAGCGCGAUCCGGGAGACAAGUUUACCAUCACAGCCAAGAUCACCACUCCAUCCAUUAAGAAAAUUAAAAUGUUUGUUGACUCUAUCUCGUUGGAAUAAUAUCACCUAUUUGGACAACAGGAACUAUAUAUUUCACGGGUAUUCGAUCUCGUUACCAUCUUUAAAGGCUAAGAGACCGAUUUGAUCUAAACCAAAUAUGGAUGCAUUAACUAAAAGGGUUGUCACGUCUAUAAUUCUUUUAUUUUUCAUCGUUUGUUCAUCAUACGCCUCACCAACGCAAAGCCAGUGGAGUACAUGCUCUGUUACUUGUGGAGAUGGAACUCAAACACGAACUCUUCCUAGUGGUUCAACUGAGACGAGAACAUGUAAUUUACAGUCCUGCUCAACCACAUUAACACCAUUAACUGAUUGGAGAGUGCUCAAUUGUUUCACCCCGUGUGCUGGUGGUAGAGUCCGUGCUCUUCAAAUGAGAGAAUGCCUGGCAAGUCCUUGUGAAACAGGAGCAUUGGUCCGAUUCAUAUGGAUGACUUGUCAAGAGUGUUUAGCAGAUGCCAGUUGAGUACACAUGAACAAAUAGAGAAGACGAAACGGCGAUCAUUAGUCAGUCGGACGCGAGAUGAAGGAAUAUUUGUGAAAUGUGUAUGUAAUAUGUUGCAGGUAUAUUCUACCUGAACGAUAAUUAUAGACUAUGUAUUCAUGCACUUUGAGAAGAAAAAAUUUGAGCCGAUUAGAACUUUCCAGUUUCCAAUAUGUUGAACUAAAAAAAAACAGAAAAGGAAGUCUUAUACUAAAAUGUGUUCUUUGGUGCAGAAAACAAUCGUUGUUCGAAAAAAAAUCAAAGCGAAUCUUAUGAGAACUAUUUCUCUCAAGGUUCUAAUUAGCUCCAUUUUUAUUUUAGUGACGUGUAAAAUUGAUUAUUUCUGUUAGCUUUGUAUAAUAUAUUUGUACAUACAGUAUUAUUAAUUCUGAUAUAUAAACAUAUUAUUAUUAUUUAUUUUGGAAAUGAAGAUGAUACAAAGCAUAUAGAAAUAUAGAAAUUAACCACUGGCAUGCCAGGGCAGAAAUUUGUUAACUAAAUAACUUUCGCAAUUAGCCUUCUGUCCUUCUUCCAUUGGUUAUAAACACAGAAAGAUAAUAUACAUAGUACAUGAUUUCAAAAUAUUAAAAUAAUUGCAUGUCACUGUUUAUGUAGUGGGAAGGAAGUUAUUUUUAAUAUGUGGCGCCUCAACCAGAGGAAAUUUGGUUUAUUGCAUAUGUAGGGAUACAAAUAUCAAACUCUCAUGUAAGUACUCGGAUGCGUCCGAUUUGUAAUGCGUAGUAAAACAAUAUAUACAUUAAGUCUUUUAAGAUUUAUAUACACAUAAUUGUGCUUUCAAAAAUGAUAAUGUAAUGUUGUACAGAAAACAAAUCAUCAUGUACAUCCUAUGUUCAUCAGACAAACUGUUUCAAAUCAUGUUCACUUGAUAACCAGUUGAUAACGAGUUGGUCGAAUUACUGCUGCUAAUUCAAGUGUCAGCAAGUGAACUGGUAGUGCCCUAUAACUCAAUCAUGUCAAUGUAAUCAAGGUAAUUUUCUAAUAAAAACGCCCCCAAAAGGGUCAAGUCGUAUUGGUCAAUUUAUGUAACCUAGAAUAACAUUACUUAACUGCGAGGGUAGCGUGAUUUGAAAAUAACUUUUUCAGACUUGUUUCCCGAAAUAUUUUGUUAAAUUAAUUACAAAUCGCACCUAGACUAAUCUUAGAAAAUAGCAGAAGGUAUAGACAUAAUUCAUGUGCAUCCAAUUAAAUUAUUACGUUUGAGCCCGCCUGAGUGUUCACACGGUAUUAGAUUGAAAUUAUUAUUAAGACAGAUCAGUAAUUUCUGAUUACUUAAUAUAAAAAAGAUUCAUUGUAACUACAACAAAAAUAUUUGGUUUAAAAAAGGGUCCUUAUUGCUUGAUGUGAGCAUGUGUAUUUUUCAAUUAUUUUAGAACUUUGAUUUCACCAUAUUCGUUAAUGACAAUAGAAAAUAAAUUCUUUCGUAAUAUUCAUGAUGUUAUAAAUACAUAAAUUAACACUGAGAAAUUAUUUGUACAUAAAGAUGUAAUUAAUGUUGCUUUGUAAGACUGUUACUUAUCUUAUGAAUGCUGAUGAUAAAAAAAAAUCAUAAUUACCAAGUAUUUUAUAUGAAAGUCAUGUAAAUAAAAUUCUCAGAUACCUACAAUCAA